CUGGAGGCUGCGCUUUCCCCUUCUUCACACCCCCCCCCAUACCUGUCCUCAUGGUGAGUCCGGCGCAAGCUCCUCUGCGGGAGGCGCGGCGAGGGGCGUCAGUCAGCGCCGGCGGGAGAUGCGAAGGGGCUGAGCGGGAAGGGGAGCCGCCGAACCGCACCGCUGCCGCGCAGCCCGCUGCCGCCAUCCCGGACACACCGCGCGCCAUGUCCUUCCGCCAGAGGAGCCCGCACGGCAGCAGCACGAGCAGCCCGCAGCCCCCGCCUCGCUGGUCCCAGGGAAGGAAACGUGGCGCCGAUGGGAAGCGGAGAAAGCAGCACGAGCCCGAACCAUCCGUCUUCGAUGAAAGCAAGUGCGCGGGCUCUGACGGCAGGCUGGACAGUUUUACAACACCAGAAGGCCCUGGACCCCUUUCCCGGUGCUCAGAUUGGGGAACUGCAGUGGAAGAAGAUGAAAUGAGGACCAAUGUUAAUAAAGAAAUUGCAAGAUACAGAAGAAAACUCCUGAUAAAUGAAUUUGCAAGAGAAAGGAAGUCCUCCUCAGGAAGUUCUGAUUCAAAGGAGUCCACUGUGACAGUAGAACUUGAAACAGAUGAAGUGGUUUUGAUGAGAAGACAAAAACAGAUAAACUACGGAAAAAACACAAUUGCAUAUGAUAGAUACAUUAAAGAAGUUCCUAGAUGCCAUCGUAUACCAGGAGUCCAUCCCAGAACUCCAAAUAAGUUUAAGAAGUACAGCCGCAGGUCAUGGGACCAGCAAAUUAAGCUAUGGAAAGUUGCGCUGCAUUCCUGGGAUCCACCUACUGAAGAGGGAUGCGACUUGCAAGACAUUCGUCCUGUUGACCUUGGUGAGAUGGAGACAGAAUCUGUUGGAAGCACUUCUGAAUCUCAAACGAGCUGUCAAGAUAAUGAUGAUACCUGUUCUGGCACUCCCACCAAAAUUAGACACAUUGACUAUCAAGCCGAAGGUGAAUUUGACUUGGAAGUGUGUUUGAGUGAACCACUUAAAGAUUUCGAUACUGUGAGUUAAACAGUCCCAUGCAAAAAGUGUUUUAGAGGAAGUUUCUUAGACGUUUGAGGGGUUUGCGUGGUUCAGAAGCUGUUGAUAAUAAGAAAGCUUAAGCAAAGAUGAAGAUGGUUCUCUGAAGUUGUGGUUGGUUGACAUGUUCUCUGGGCCAAGCUUAUGUAAAACUACAGUUAUCUGUGUGGGGUUUUUAAUGUCCUAUUUAUGUAUAUCAGAUUUGUUUUUUAUCAAACCUGUCAGUAGAAAACUAGCCAAAGGCAGUGCUUCCCUCAAGUAAUUCUAAAUAGUUCAGCAAGAUCUUACUGAUUCCCCUGAGUUGUGUCCAUUACCUGAUCAAGAGCAAAGUAGGGAGGUAUUUUUGAGCAUCUGUAUGCUGCCUUCCUUUCCAUCUAACUCUUCUACAACGAUCUGACUUGAAGUAAUACAAGCGGUACUUGAACCAUACUGCAGAUUAGUACCCCUGAACUCAUCUCCUGCAGUUAUGUGCUGGAAGAUUGUGUGCCUUGCCUUUAACAACAACAGAAAAGAUCCCUUAUUUGCAAAAAUGCUUCAAAAACAAUUGAAAACUAAAUACUCUCAAGAAAUUGGAGGUCAAGGUGCUAAAGCUGGGGCAAUAAUGCUUUAAGAAACAGUAGCCUGAAUUUGGAACUUGUAAAUAGUCAGGAGUCAUUUAUUAAUACAGGCAAGGCAACAGUGCCUGGGGGAAGUGCUCGAUUCUCUUAAUUUUUGGAUUUUAAAUGUAAACCUGUUGUAAAUGAUCACACUGUACAGAUUUUCUGCUGAAAGCAGUGAAUGUUUCUAUCACUUUUUGUAUGGGAUGUUGCUGGAAAAUAAAUGGAACUGAAUUUA